UUGUUAGUUACAGUGUCGAUGAGACUGGAAGGCUUGAGCAGACAGACAGGUGGGUACUGAAACAAAACAAACAACAGUCUUACCAACACACUCAGACAUAUCUAAACUCUCUAGUCUUUGGUUUCAUCGAUUCUCAAUUCUCAAUUCUCAAUUCAAUUCUCUCUGUAGAAUUACAGUUCGGAAUCGAAUCAUUAAAAGCUCAGAAAAUCUGUCUCAAAAAUGGCGGCUUCGCUUUCAACAACAGCUUCAGCUUCUUUAGUUCUGAAAACCACUCCCAGUUCGUGUCAUUACAGUAAUUAUUCUCUUUCUAGGGUUUCUUUUCGUCUCUCUCCAAAACCCAACUUCCCAUUUUUCUCUAAGGGUGCACUUCCUGGUCGCUACAGCUCCGGUUUGGUAAAAGCCCAAUUGAAUGAGGUAAGAUUCUCUCAAUGGUUUUUGUUAAAGGAUAUGUUUUCGAAUUUUGGUUCCUUCCUGAACAUGCUUUUCGGGUCACCUGUUGUAAAGGUUUCUGUCGAUGGAUCCUCAAGUGCUGCUGCCUCAAAUUUAAACAAAUCAGAAGUGCCACCAGAGCAAGCAAAGGAUGUGAAUCCGUCAAACGAGACUUUACCUCCAGCUUCCGCUUCAGAAGAGUCAAUAUCUGAGUUUAUUUCGCAAGUUGCAAGCCUUGUGAAGCUAGUUGAUUCGAGAGAUAUUGUCGAGUUGCAGUUGAAACAACUCGAUUUUGAACUGAUAAUCCGGAAAAAAGAGGCCUUACCUCAGCCACCGUCUCCUCCCCCAGCUGUUAUGAUGCAUCCUUCACCGCCACAACUAAUGCCAGCAGCUCCACCUGCAGCUUCAGUAACAGCCUCUAGCCCGGCUUCCUCUGCUCCGGCCCCAUCACCUUCACCUCCAGCUGCUAAAUCACUCAAGUCAUCACAUCCACCACUUAAAUGUCCGAUGGCAGGAACAUUCUACAGAAGUCCAGCACCAGGUGAACCGCAAUUUGUGAAGGUUGGAGACAAAGUGCAGAAGGGUCAGGUCUUAUGCAUCAUUGAAGCCAUGAAAUUGAUGAAUGAAAUUGAAGCCGAUCAGUCGGGAACCAUAGUCGAAGUUCUCGCAGAAGACGGCAAACCAGUCAGUGUUGACAUGCCAUUGUUCGUUAUCGAACCGUAAAAAGAGAUUGGACAUGGAGUAGGCAGGUAAAGGUAGUGCAGUUCUUGGUUAAGGUUGUGAGAUGCGGCAUUGUUAUUUUCUGUUAGAAACGUUUUUUUGUUUGCAAUGAGUUGGUUAGAUUGUUAAUUCUAGUAUGUAAUAUUUACUUCAAACCAUAGAAUAAUUUAUUGUCUUUUACCAUGUUUGGAUAGUUUGUUCCAUAAAGCCAUUCGUUAGUAA